AGCAUCAACACCUCCAAUCAACAAGCAAGCCUUUCAUCGCGAUGUCCAUAAGAUAGCACGAGGCUUCAAAGACCACUCCACACAACUCGCACAAACAUGGCGCCCGCCACGCCUUUCAACGCCGCCGAAAUAACAGAAAAGGCGCGGCGCGACCUGCUGCUGCUGCUCGAGGGUAUUCGGGGAAAGAAAAACCUGGUCCUUGAGAAAGCACUUGCGGGCCCACUGAACUUGCUGGUUAAGUUCUCGACACUUCAGGAGUACGGUGUCGAUAAGCCGUUUUUCCUUGAGAACGAUAAUGCCGAUGCUAGUCAAAGGAAUGUGGUCUUCCUCGUCAGGGGAGAGAAGGCGAAGACGGUGAUGAGGGUUGCUGAGCACAUCAAACGCAUACGGAGAGAAAGCGAGAUUGAACAUGAAUUUUCUAUCUUCUGGGUGCCGAGGCGCACGCUGGUCUCAGACCAGCUGCUCGAAGAAGCUGGCGUGCUUGGUGAGGCCAGCGUGAGCGAAUGGCCGCUCUUCUUCGUACCUUUGGCCGACGAUGUGCUGUCUCUCGAGCUCGACGAUGCAGUAUCCGACCUAUACCUUCGCAAGGAUCCUACUUCGAUCUACUUAGCAGCAAAAGCACUGAUGCUUCAGCAACGCAAGCACGGUCUCUUCCCGCGGAUCGUUGGCAAGGGUGAUAAUGGCAAGCGUCUCGCCGAUCUCCUCAUCAAGAUGCGCACGGAAGUCGCAGCAGGCGAACCCCCAAGUAACGCCGGUCCAUCAUUCCUAGGUCUUGCCCCAAGCACGACGGUCGACAGCCUGAUCAUCAUCGAUCGAGAGGUCGAUUUUCCGACUGUCCUGCUCACCCAGUUGACGUAUGAGGGCCUUAUUGAUGAAGUGUUCAACAUCUCUGCCAACCAGACUGAAGUCGACUCCUCGAUCAUUGGUGGUGCAGCAACACAACCAGGCCAGACUGGUUCCGCAUCCACCAGCAUGAAGCGUAAGAUCAUGAUCGACCCCAAGGAUACUCUCUACAACGACUUGGGCGAUGCCAACUUCGCCAUCGUCGGCUCUCUUCUCAACAAAGUAGCGCGCCGUCUCCAGACGAGUACGGAGCGCAACAGUCUCGCCGCAAAAACUACGUCUGAACUCCGCGACUUUGUUGCCCGCCUUCCUGGAUAUCAAGCCGAGCAAGCCAGUCUCAAGCUACAUACCUCACUUGCCGAAGAGAUUAUAAAGCACACUCGUACUGACGCAUUCACGCGCUGCCUCGAAGUCCAGCAAAACCUCACAUCCGGCGCCGACCCAUCCACCCAACACGAUCUCAUCACCGAGCUGAUCGACCGCGGCACGCCCCUCUCCACCAUCCUGCGCCUCCUCUGCCUCGAAAGCACCACCAAUGCCGGCAUCCGCCCCAAAGACCUCGACACCUUCAAGCGCGCCAUCAUCCAAGCCUUCGGGCCCCAGCACCUCCUGACUCUUCAGUCCCUCGAAAAAAUGUCUCUUCUCACGCCCCGCGGCGGCGCCACCCUCGCCGGCGGCACCGGCAGCUCCGUCAAGCCCGGCAGCGUAACCAACUACACCCCCCUGCGCAAAACACUGCGGCUGUGGGACGACGAAGUCAACGAAGCCCAGCCCAACGACAUCAGCUACGCGUUCUCGGGCUACGCGCCGCUGAGCGUGCGCCUCGUCCAGGCCGUCGUGCACAAACACACGCUCGCCAACACGAUCAAGCCGCAGCCCGCGGGCGCCCCGCUGAACGCCAACCCGCUCGCCAACGGGUCGCGCUUGUUCGACGACUGCGCCAAGUAUGUGCGCGGCGCGACGUUCGACGAGGUGCAGAAGGGCGAGGGCGCGCAGAAGGCGCUCAAGGCAAGGCAGAUGCUGAGUGGGCACGGCGACGCGGGGAAGACGGUGGUGGUGUUCUUCCUGGGGGGCGUGACGCGGGCAGAGAUUGCGGCGCUGCGGUGGGUGGGGAGGAAGUUGGCGGAGAGCGGGGGGGAAGGGCGCGGGAGUAGGAUUGUGGUUGCUGCGACGAAUGUGCUUACGGGUGAGAAGCUGGUGGAUGCUGCGACGGAGAAGGGCGUGUUCAAGGCAUAGUGGAGUCUAAGAUGGAGAGGAAGUAUAUUCAUGCUAGAUAUGUGUGCAUGGCGACGAUGAACUGAAUGGCUGCAGCAUGCUGUCGCCAGGCACGUCAGGCCAGCCACUUGGCGAGAUGCAGCAGCAGGGAAGAAAAAUAAAUGGCCACACCAGGGCAGUGUCUGCACUUGAACAGAGCUAUCCAUUAGUAACUGUGCGGCUUAUCGGCUGCGAUAGAGAUGAGUUGCAUCCUAAAAAAGUGUCAGGUGGUUGGGUGGCUGGUUGGACGUGCCCAAGUGCAGCCUGUCCACACAGGUAUAUGCUGGACCUUGAGCAGUUCAGGUACGCAGAUCAGGAGUAUACAGAGCAGAGAGUAUCACGGUCAUCAAAGAUGGUGCUUGUAACAUCGAACGUUCAUUCAAUUUUCC